UUUUAGUUCAGUUACACAUUCGCAGUCAGUCAGCCUGUCGAUCGUGUUGGUAUUCGUGGUAUUAAGCGGAGGGAAAAUUUUCAAUUAAAAUAAACGGAGGAAUAUUUUUGGAGAACUUUUUUAGAAGUUUUCUUUUUUUCGAAACAGCAUAUCGCGUUUUUUUGUUUUGUUAUUGUUAUUAAAACGUCCUAAAAUUAUAAAAAAAAAUUUAAUAAGUAAUUAAAAAUUUAGAUUGUAAAAUAAUUUUAAAAAUAAAUUAACUUUACUUACACAAAAAGAAAAUUUUUAAAAUUAUAUAAUAUAUGUAUAAUAUCCACUUCAUUUUUGAACGGUAUAUUACAUAUUAUUAGUAUAAAGAAAAAUGACGGAUCAUAAAUCAAAAGCAAGAAAUGGUCAACCUGUUGGCAAUACAACAACAACAUAUGAAUUUCAAUUUCCACAGCCAAAAGAGAAAGUACCAUUCAAACAUUUUCUUUAUAAUCCAAAAGAUGGUACUUGCCUAGGACGUACUGCGUCAAGUUGGGCUAAAAUUUUAAUAUUUUACGCCAUUUUUUAUGCAGUACUGGCCGCUCUGUUUGCGAUAUGUUUGCAGAUCCUCUUCAAAACAAUAAGUGAUCAUGAACCUAAAUAUAAAUUAGGCGACUCAUUAAUUGGUGAAAAUCCUGGAAUGGGUUAUCGUCCAUUAUCUGAAGAAACAGAACGUGGUUCUAUUAUUAAAUUAAAUAUACAAAAUCCAAAAGAAUCUGAAUAUUGGAUUGAAUUAUUAGAUGAUUUUUUAGAACAAUACAAAAAUAAAACACAUUUACCAAACGGUGGCUUGAAUCAACAGCACUGCGAUUUUAAUACAAAAGUAGCAGAAGGAAAAUCAUGCUCUGUCGAUAUAGAUAAUUUUGGGCCAUGUUCUCCAAAACAACAUUAUGGCUAUAAAAAUCAAAAACCAUGUGUUUUCUUAAAAUUAAAUAAAAUUUACGGUUGGGAACCGAGCUAUUACGAUGCUGCUGAUUUACCUUCAGAAAUGUCAAAAGAUUUAGCAGAACAUAUCAAAUCACUUCCAUUAAGUCAGCAAAAGCAAAUUUGGAUUUCAUGUAAGGGGCAACACUCCGUUGAUAACGAACUAAUUAAAAAUAUUUCAUACUAUCCAACUCGUGGUUUCCCAUCUUUUUAUUAUCCAUAUAAAAAUGUCCCCGACUAUUUAAGUCCAUUAGUUGCAAUACAAAUUGAACCAGCAACUUAUAAUCAAUUAAUUAGCAUAGAAUGCAGAGCUUGGGCAAGAAAUAUAAUUUACAGUGGCAGUAUACGCGAUCGCAUGGGUUCAGUAACCUUUCAAAUAAAUAUUGACAAACCAGCCGAUAAUAACUUAAAUAGUACAGCUUCAGCAUAAGGAUUUUACUACAACAAAUCCAUUUAAAGUGAAAUUUGUUACUUAUUCAGAAAUUAAACAAAUAGUCAUUAAAUUAGCGUCAUCCAAGAAAGAAAAAGAGCAAAAAUAAAAAUUCUGAAAUUAAUUUCAAAUUUGAUAGUCUUAAUUUGUUAACAAUUUUUUUUCUUUUGUAUUUUUAAAUUUCUUUGUUUUCAUUAACAAAAUAUGCCAAAACUUUUGAAGAUUUUCUAAAAAAAAAUCUAAAAGGUUCUUUUAUAAGAAGCAAUUUUUUUUAAAUUUCGAAUUUAAAAGUGUGUUCUCAAUUUCGAUUUUUAGAGUUCAAUAAAAUUGGAAAAUAAAAGAUCAAUCUAAAUUCUGGAAAAUUCCACUUUCUUUUCAUUAAAUAUAUAAAUUG